AUUCAGCCGACAACCACAAUCACUUUGCGCUCGGCCGUCCGCGAGGGAGGUUGUGCGUGUCUACGCUAGGUUUCCUUAAGUUGAACCAUCUUAUUCUUGGAAGUGCUGAACAGUGAUCAAUAUGAAGGCUCUUCUUCUUUCUGCCUUAUUGAUUGCGAGUGUCGCUGCCGAGUUCAACUCGACGUCUCCCGAGAAUGGCUUCGAUUACGCCCAUGACGUCCGCAACUGCCGGCAGCAUCACGUGGAGCGUCUCAACGAGUGUCUUAUCGAAGUGAUCAAGCGCGUCAUCCAGCCCAGGAUGGGGGCAGGUAUCCCUGAGCUGAACAUCCCGCGUCUGGAGCCGCUGCUGCUCGAGAACAUCGAAUUCCGGCAGUCGGAACCUCCGGUCACCGUCGAGGCCAUCUACAAGAACGUGCUGGUGUCCGGCAUCACGGCCUUUGAUAUGAAGUAUCUAGACAUCGACAUGGAGAAGAAGAUGGUGUACGUGGGCCUGACGAUCCCAUCGCUGACGAUGAGAGGACAGUACAAGAUCGGCGGCAACGUCUUCCUGCUGCCGGUUGAGGGAGAGGGUGACUACAUGACCAUUCUGGGCGACACCAUCCAUCACUUCCUGAACGAGAACGGAAACCUGGUGCUGGAGGAGAUAAGACCAGGCAUCAGCGCCCAGCUCAACGGCUUCCUCAAGCAGCUGGUCAACUCCAUGUUGUCAGCGAUGCCAGCUGACAUCUUCAUCGCUGUUCCUAACUCUAACUCCAAAGACAAGCAUCGACUCAGAACCCUGAGCAUCCAGGCUGCAGAGGCAGCUGCUGCUGCUGGAGCUGAAGUUCCCGCUUGAAACUUUUACAUUUAUGCUUUAAUUUAAAUAUUUUGUUCGGUAUUUUAAGUCUCAAGAUUUGGGUAAUAGUAAAUGAACAUUGCAUCGAGAUAAGGUCUACUUUACUCUCCGUCGACCGUCAUCAAUUUUGUUUACAGUACAAAGUUGCUUCGGUGAUCGUCACAGUAUUUGCUCCUGAGAAAAUUCUGAUCUCCGAGUUUCGAUUUUUUCUAUGCGGCUGUCAGAUGCUAGUUUGUUCUCAACCAUCAGGCAUCGAAUUAUUCCGUUGGCAACAGCAGAAAUUAUGCAGCGCCCAAACCAUUUCAUAGCCCGGGAUGUUCAUACAUGCAUCAAUAUCUUUCUUCAUUAGUGUCAAAAUGUCCCGUUUUGAAUAUUAGUACAUAUUUAUCGUCCACUUUCAGUUUGUUGGUCACUUAAAAAUGAAACUUAGAAAGAGUUUUUGUGUAAAACAUAGCUACGUACAUUAAUUCCGCAUAACUGACAGUGUUGAGGAAAAUUCAGAGAACAAUAAUUACUUGUCAGAGCAUUCACCAUUGUCAUUCAUGAAGUUCUUCGACCUUUUUUUUUGUAAUUCAGUUGAAUGUUAGAUUAUUAGGUUUUGUACUGCAAUAUAUUGUCGUAUUUUUC